UGAGACUGCAGGGCUGGUUGAUCGAGUGGCCCUCUGUACGCUGCCUGGCUCGGUGGUGGUGUGUGUUGUGCUGGUGGUGUUGAUGGUGGAGGUGGUGGUGGCAUGAGACGGGUGCCGCUCUUCACGGACGGUGGUGAUGAUGGUAAUUCAGGUGGUUGCUAGCAGCCUAGAGCCACAAUCAUCUAAUGGACAGCAAUAACAAAGACUACAAGCACAGCGGGACAGCGAGGGACGCACAGACACAGCCACGUCACCUUCGCAAGCAUCAACAACCUCACACAAACAGUCGCAGGUCGCUAAGCAGACAUCUUUAAGUUUACGACAUUUUAACGGAGGUCAUGACUGUUUGGAGCCCCGAUCAGCACAACGCUCCUGCUACUAGUGUCCUCUGGUUCCCUGGGACGUCUACAACAGCCCUCCACCCUCUACACGUGUAUCUGUAUCUGUCUGUCUGUAAUGCUGCCGCUGAGACAUCUUUGGUGAUCACGUCCUCGUCUUCGUCCUCCUUCAUCUCCUCUCCCUGACGCACUAAUUCGAUUUCUUCCCCUCGUGAAGUUUGCUUUCUCCUCCUCAUCCUCCCCCGCCAGCAGCGCCGUCGAAGAGGAUGGCGACGAAGAGGCUACUGACCCCCUAUAAGAGGCUUGGAAUCGAUGUCGUCACCCCCGUUAGGUUGUGGAAUGAGAAGGACAUCGGCGCGAAGGUCGUUGAUGGUCGCGUGAAGUUCGUCGAGGAGGAGAAAGAUCCCAACCACGUCUACGGCCACUGGCACAUCCUCCCUGACCUCCUUCUCGAGCGCAUCUUCCAGUACCUCACGCUGUCCGAACGGUACACGGCGUCUCAGGUGUGCGUCAACUGGAGCAAUGCCUUCCACUUCCCGCGGGUCUGGUACACCUUCGAACUCCACGACACGCUGCUCACCAAGAGGAAGUUCAACUACUGUGCGGGAUGGCAGAAACUCCUGGACCACAUCCGCACCAGCGUCUUCCUCACCAAGAAGGGCUCCCACAUCCGCACGCUCAUCUUCCAGCCCAUGAGUAACCUGUUCAACCUCUACGAGUUCCUCAACAUCGCCCUCUACCUGCACCGCAACUGUCCGGGCACCUUAGACUUCGUACACACGGUCAGGUUCCAGUUCGCCUGCCACGUGACGGAGCGCUCGGAGGAGGUGGUGUUCGGCACGGGCGGGCAGAUCCUGGCCAUGUUCAAGGAGGUGAUGGGCGUGUUUGCCAUGCUGCACACACUGGAGCUGCGCGACCUGCUGCUGGAGGGUGGCGAGGGGCUGCACCUGCUGGACGACGUGUGUGUGACGUGCUGCGAGACACUCAAGACACUGGUGCUCAUCAACCUCACCAAGAUGAGCCACACACUCAUCCACCCCGCCGCCUUUGUCAACCUGGAAACACUCAUCAUCUCCCCGCAGAACAUAAGCGAUGACCUGCUGGAUCUGAUGGGCCAGUCCAACCUGCGGAACCUCCACAUCGUGCAGAACAAAUAUACGCAGCACGGCAAGUCGCUGGGCUACCGCGUGUGGAAGGCGUGCCGGCGCGCCAACCCCCGCCUGCGCGUCCACCUGUGCCUGGAGGGCCUGUGCAAGAGGGAGAUCAUCUGGCAGCCCCGCGCACCCGUCAAGAGUAUUGUGUAUGACUCGCCCUAUUCCAAGAUCAGCCCACGCAUCAUGAUGGCCUCGGUGGAGAUGUACAGAGGAGACUUGGAGGUGUACGCCCACAUGCAGCUGCCGCGCUUCCACAUGCCCUCCUCCUUCCACGACCGCGCCGACUCCUCCCUCGUCCUCCUCGUGCGACAGUGCCCCUACAUAAACACCCUGGUGGUGAGGGAGAAGGUGUCCACAGCAACCGUCCUCCUCCUCGCACACACAGCCAAGAAUCUUGUUUAUUUCUAUGUCCGCAGGAAUGCCAUCAUGCUCAAGGCAGACUGGCCCUACAACCCUGACUGGACGCCGGAGUUCUAUGCGUGGCUGUGCAAGAACGCGCGCUCCUACCAGGCCAUGGAGAGGGAGGUGUCGCAGAUCCUGGGGCACCGCUGGCAGGCGCUCACCGACAAGCAGUUCAAGAUGGUCAAGCUCAACCUCAACAAAAGCCUCUACAUUUAAGCUUAGAGCCAAGAAAGGGUCAGGAGGUGCAGGGCUGAGGUGAGGUGAGGUAAGGUGAGUUUGUAAGGAGAUGAUAGAGUUGAAUUCUUUUGUAAUGAGGUUCAGAGGUUUAGAAUUUGUUUAGACUUUAGAAGAUGGGUGGAUUGAGCGCUGAAUAAUUUUGUUGGGAUGAGGUUGAGUCUUCUUGAGGUGGGGUUGAGAAUGAGAAGCUAGUUUAGUCAUGAAGUUGAAUACUAUUGUUGAGGUUUAGAGGUUCAGAGGUUAAUUUAAAGAUGGUUAGGAUGGAGUUAGUAAAUUCUGCUGUUAAUGUGGAGUUGAGAAUAAUGAGUUUGUAAAGGAUUGAUGGAGUUUAACACUUUUUAUUGAGGUGAAGUCUAAAGGUUCAGAGGUUCAUGUAAGGAUGGUUAAGAUGGAGUUGAGUUCUUUCCUUACGGCGUUGAAUUCUUUUAAUGGGAUGAAGAUGAAGGGAGUUAUAGCGAUGAGGAUGAUGAUGAUGAUGGUGGUGGUGUAUAUAUAAUUCUCUAUCUUGUCGGCAGUAUGAUGGUGUUAAACGCACUUGCUGGUGAUGAGUCUGUUGUGGUUUUGUAUAUGUUGAAAUGGAGUUGAGCGGUUGUGCAGAUGAAAAUUUUACCCAUGUUGAAUUCUGUUAUCGGUAACUUGAUGUGAUGUUGAAUUAUCCUAACGGUAAUGGUCUGAGAGUGUUGAUGUAGAUGCCAAGGAGGAGGUGGUGUUGAAGGGUCGUAGAUGGAGGUCAUGAUGGUGCUAUUAGGUGAUGAGAGUGUUGAUGUAGAUGCCAAGGAGGAGGUGGUGUUGAAGGGUCGUAGAUGGAGGUCAUGAUGGUGCUAUUAGGUGACGAGAGUGGUGAUGUAGAUGCCGAGGAAGAGGUGGUGUUGAAGGGUCGUAGAUGGAGGUCAUGAUGGUGCUAUUAGGUGACGAGAGUGGUGAUGUAGAUGCCGAGGAAGAGGUGGUGUUGAAGGGUCGUAGAUGGAGGUCAUGAUGGUGCUAUUAGGUGAUGAGAGUGGUGAUGUAGAUGCCGAGGAAGAGGUGGUGUUGAAGGGUCGUAGAUGGAGGUCAUGAUGGUGCUGUUUUAUAUUUGUUGAUCCGUUUGACAGUAGAUUAAUUUCUUUGCUCACUUCCAUUCCUUACAGGCCCAUCUAUCUCUCUAUCUAUCCUUGUAUCUGUCUACUUUACUGUUUAUUUAUUUUUUUAUCUAACUAAAUUCUUGGAUGUAUGACGUUGUAUCUUGUUAUCUUUUUGUCGGUGUGAUGCUCGGAGUUAAGAUAAGGCUGAAAACGAAGGACUAUUGGUUGUGACGCCGCUGUUAAUCAUUGUAUAUAUUUUUCUUUUUUUGCGGUUAAGAGUUUACGUAUUGUUAGGUUGAUAUUUUUUUAUAUUUUGUGAUACUCAAAUGUGAUGUCAAGUGCUUCUUUUUAGUGAGUUUUUAUAUUCAUUAAGUCUCUCUGCUAUGAAUGUUAAUAUCGUGGUUCUUAGAUCGGUAUUAUGACACUUUCACUUCUCACAUCAACUACGUAUUUAUAAAGGUCAAAGAAAGGAUCAAUUAGGUUUUAAUGAGUGUUUCUUUAGGCUCAUGUUGCAGAGGAAGGGUCAAACUACCACCAGGGUCAUGAAACUACUCCUGGAAAUGCCCUCAACUCAUACGAAAGCCUUGUCAAAUAGGAUCUAUCGGGUUCUAAUGAGUGUUUCUUUAGGCUCAUGUUGCAGAGGAAGGGUCAAACUACCACCAGGGUCAUGAAACUACUCCUGGAAAUCCCCUCAACUCGUACGAAAGCCUUGUCAAAUAGGAUCUAUCGGGUUCUAAUGAGUGUUUCUUUAGGCUCAUGCUACAGAGGGUCAAACUACCACCAGGGUCAUAAAACUACUCCUGGAAAAGCCUUGUCAAAUAUGUGAACUUGGGUGACAAAAUGUUUUCAAAUACGACCCAGAGAGUACCCAUGCAAACCUUUAGCCAGUUAAUGAUGCUUGAAGGUUAAUGAUGCUUGAGUUUUAGGGCCAAGACCAGGAGGAGAGUAUCGAAACACCUUUCCUGAUGUUGACCUCUCUUCUGACCUCCCAAUCUCUUUUGUAUAUUGAGUUUUAGGGCCAAGACCAGGAGGAGAGUAUCGAAACACCUCUCCUGAUGUUGACCUCUCUUCUGACCUCCCAAUCUCUUUUGUAUAUCGAGUUUUAGGGCCAAGACCAGGAGGAGAGUAUCGAAACACCUCUCCUGGAAUUCACCUCUCUUCUGACCUCUCAAUCUUUUUUGUAUAUCGAGUUUUAGGGCCAAGACCAGGAGGAGAGUAUCGAAACACCUCUCCUGAUGUUGACCUCUCUUCCGACCUCCCAAUCUUUUUUUCUUUUGUGGAGCAGCACUUAGCAGGCUUCUUUUUUUUAUUUUUUUCCCUUGAGCUGCCUCCCUUCUGUAAAAAAGAAAAGAAAAAAGAAAAGGUGAAAUAGUCAAAGAUGUCCCUCUGUUGAAUGUAAAUAUCUUGGCUCCAAACAAACCAUCAGCUACUUAAGGAUGUCUGGGAGCACUAUCACCUGAUUUUUCAAAGGUGAUAUCUGUAUUUAGCAACAGUCCUGUGUGUCUGUUUUGGGUUUUUUACUUCCAUUUUUGGGACAAGAGUUAGUUAGAGGUGCUGGAAUGUCACAAAGUUAAGUUGACAUAAUACAAACUCGGUCAUAAGAAGCGAUAUAAAAAACAACAAACCCAACUAAUCGCAUCCUGAAAAAUGGGUCACAAAAGACAGAUCAGCCACACAUUGAAGAAUAGUAUACCAUGUUUAACCCGGUAGCUGCGGGGAUCAUGUGUCUUAAAGGCCCCUCUGAGCGAAUUGAUGAGAAAAAAUCAUCACUCACGCAAGUCACUAUACAAAAGAUUACAAUGCAUUUGUAAUCAAUCGUUGCAUCCUCUACUUUUUUUGGUUUAUGUCAAGGCAAAAAUUUGGCCCGUCGCUGGUAUGCGGUAAAGCCACAGAUUUGGCCCAUAGCAGCGGGUUAAAAAAUCAGGCGUAUUGUUUAAGGAGGUGAGACAGGUAGAGGUCUUGUGUUAUAGACUUUUCCUCACUGUGACUGAAACUUUUAAGGGGAAUUUAGUAUAUUUCUUUUAUCUGAUCUCAAUUCUCUGACAUCCCCAAGUAAAGGAAGGGACUGUAUAGUGGUGCAUCACAGUGCUGUUCAAACUUUGUACCCCUUCCCAACUUAUUUUAUCGUCAAGUACCUUUAUGAUCGAUUAAAGUGAAUAUUUAUUA